AUGACAAUACAUGUACUAAAGCUACAAAGUUACAAAUCUUACAGAAUACCAAGAGUAGCGCAUAAAAAGUUGAUGGAUUAUCUCAGCGGAACAGAGGGUGCAAAGGAGAAGAAGCACGAGUGGUUCGGGGGUAUUGCGACUUCCACUGGACACCAGAUCGGCACUGUCGGGUGCCGUGCCCCAGCUCCCCCUGUCUUGGCUCUCCCUGGGUUCUACACGCUGUCUACAGGCAGUGUACACGCCGUAUACAGGCAGUCUACGGGCAGGCCCUCUACACCGCGCCGCACGGCUGGGUUCUACACGCUGUCUACAGGCAGUCUACACGCCGUCUACAGGCAGUCUACGGGCAGGCCCUCUACGCCGCGCCGCACGGCUGGGUUCUACACGCUGUCUACAGGCAGUCUACACGCCGUCUACAGGCAGUCUACGGGCAGGCCCCCUACGCCACGCCGCACGGCUCUCCCUGAGUUCUACACGCUGUCUACAGGCAGUCUACACGCCGUCUACAAGCAGUCUACGGGCAGGCCCCCUACGCCACGCCGCACGGCUCUCCCUGAGCUCUACACGAUGUCUACAGGCAGUCUACACGCCGUCUACAAGCAGUCUACGGGCAGGCCCUCUACGCCGCGCCGCACGACUCUGCCUGGGUUCUACAAACUGCCUACAGGCAGUCUACACGCCGUCUACAGGCAGUCUACGGGCAGGCCCCCUACACCGCGCCGCACGACUCUGCCUGGGUUCUACAAAUUGCCUACAGGCAGUCUACACGCCGUCUACAGGCAGUCUACGGGCGGGCCCUCUACGCCGCGCCGCACGGCUCUUCCUGGGUUCUACACGCUGUCUACAGGCAGUCUACACGCCGUCUACAGGCAGUCUACGGGCAGGCCCCCUACGCCGCGCCGCACAGUGGCCGGGCCGGGUCCCGCGCACCCACGCGCCCGGCUCGCAGCCCCGCCGCCUAUCGACCGGCCCACUGCCGGCUCGGCGCGUCUGGCUGCCGGCUGCCCGCCCGCCGCAGCCUGGAACGCCACGGCACGCCGCACCGCCGCCAUUCAUUAA